GGGCCGCCGCUUACUGCACCGCGGCCCCGCAGCAGCGGCAGCCGCCGCCGCCGCCCGACAUGAAGAGCCACCUGUGGUCGCGCUACCGGGAGGCCAAGAGGGCGAGCAAGGUGCCGUUAAGCCGCUAUGAAAUACUGAAGCGAGGGAUGCAGUGCUAGUGAUGAGUGCACGACUCUGGGCAGGCUCCUGAAAGCGAAGUGGUGAUUACGAAGCCCUGUCCUUCUGCCUGGCUAGACAGAAAGUUAAGGGUCAGGCACCGCUGGUUACGCAGACGCAUCGUUUAUGCAGAAACCUCAGGAGUAACGUACCCUAGAAAUUGCUGCACCGAGGCUGAGAGCGGUUGCUAUUUGGUUGCUGCCUGAUAGGCCGUGGAAAUGAUCAUCCAAAGGCUGGAUGUUUCAAAUUGCCUGAGUACGUGCUCUCCUUAGAGAGCCACAAGAGAAGAGUUAGUUCCCUCAAUUAUGAAUAACAUGCUGAAUCCUGAUGCAAUUUUUUCAAACAAUGAAAUGAGCCUGUCAGACAUUGAAAUCUAUGGCUUUGAUUACGACUACACCUUGGUCUUUUAUUCUAAACAUCUACACACACUGAUCUUCAAUGCCGCACGAGAUCUUCUUGUUAACGAGCACCGGUAUCCUGCAGAAAUAAGAAAAUAUGAUUAUGAUGCCAAUUUUGCAAUAAGAGGACUUCAUUAUGAUGUGCACCGGGCAUUAUUAAUGAAGAUUGAUGCUUUUCAUUAUAUUCAGCUGGGAACAGUUUACAGAGGCCUCAGCGUUGUCCCAGAUGAAGAAGUCAUUGCAAUGUAUGAUGGUUCCCACGUCCCCUUGGAACAAAUGAGUGACUUUUAUGGAAAGAGCUCACAAGGAAACACAAUGAAGCAAUUCAUGGAUAUAUUCUCCUUGCCAGAGAUGACACUCCUUUCUUGUGUGAAUGAACAUUUUCUGAAAAACAACAUAGACUAUGAACCUGUUCAUCUGUACAAAGAUGUCAAGGAUUCAAUCCGGGAUGUCCACAUCAAGGGAAUAAUGUACAGAGCAAUUGAAGCAGAUAUUGAGAAAUACAUCUGCUAUGCCGAACAAACUCGGGCAGUGUUAGCAAAGUUGGCUGAUCAUGGCAAGAAGAUGUUUCUCAUUACAAACAGUCCCAGCAGCUUUGUGGACAAAGGCAUGAAGUUCAUAGUAGGCAAGGACUGGAGGGACCUCUUUGAUGUUGUCAUUGUGCAAGCUGAUAAGCCAAACUUUUUCAAUGAUAAGCGAAGACCUUUUCGGAAGGUGAAUGAAAGGGGAGUGUUGCUUUGGGACAAAAUUCACAAAUUGCAGAAAGGCCAGAUUUACAAACAGUUACUUGCUACUACAGUGUGCAAAUCACUGUUUCUUCAGGGCAACUUGUAUGAAUUUCUGAAGCUUACUGGCUGGAGGGGUUCUAAGGUUCUGUACUUCGGUGAUCAUAUUUACAGUGACUUGGCAGAUUUGACCCUGAAGCACGGCUGGCGCACUGGUGCAAUUAUUCCAGAGUUACGAUCAGAGAUUAAAAUCAUGAACACAGAGAGGUACAUUCAAACCAUGACCUGGUUACAAACCCUGACUGGAUUACUGGAACACAUGCAGGUUCACCGUGAUCCUGAUUCACAAAUGAUUUUAGAAGAAUGGAAGAAGGAAAGAAAGGAUAUGAGGGAAAUGAACAGGAAUUUCUUCAACGCACAGUUUGGAAGCUUAUUCAGAACUGAUGAGAAUCCAACUUACUUCCUAAGACGUCUGUCUAGAUUUGCUGAUAUCUACAUGGCGUCACUGAGCUGUCUUUUGAACUAUGAGCUUGAUUACACGUUUUAUCCAAGGAGGACUCCUUUGCAACAUGAACUUCCUGCCUGGUCAGACCAGCUGUGCACUGGUACAUUCAGAAUUCCCUUCCUACAAGAGACAGUUCAGAUCAAAUGAGCACUUGGCUUAUUCUCUCUAAAAUGGGCAAAUGUAUACAUAUAUUUUUUUUUCUGAAUGUAGCUGUAUUUUCUUUAAGUCACUUAAAUCUAUUACCUUCAUUUAGAUGUAACUCAUGCUUGUUCUCAGAAGCGUAGUAUCUGAUUUCGCCUCUCCUGCUCAGAAAUGGCGAGAGCUCUUCUUAGAAACAGAAGAGAUGAGAUUGCCAAAAUAGUAGUGGGCUGGGAGGGAAGGAUGGUGGUGUUUUAAGGUUGUUGUUUUUACUUGCUUGUUCAUUGGAAAAGUUCUGUCUGCAGCCUUGUGCUUUACAAAAAUACAGAAUGGAGCUCUAUCUGGAGCCUGUGAUGGAGCUUGGAGCUAAAAAGCUUGAAUCUGGUAUUAGUCAUUAAGAGAUAGGCAAUUACUAGCCAGUCUAUGGUGAGAUUGAGAGGGAUGGUGUAAGCAUUUUAACUUUCUGUGCUGCUAUAGCUAUUCUAGCUAGUUCAGGUACCUGCUAAUGCUCUAAUGUUUGUGUGGAUCUCUCUGCUGCAUUGCAGUGAUUACAGUACAGAUACUCAGCCUGAUGGGCUUGAUGGGCUGCUUUUCCUGUCUGUACCUUUUCUGUUCUUGUAGUGACUCUGCUUUGCUGUAGAUGGACCUGAGCUUAAAUCUGAAAGUGUGGCUAGAAACUUGAGAUGCUUCAGCUUCCUUGUGUUGACUUUUAGACACCUUUCUUUUUAAUUUCCAAAGCACUUUUAAAUACUUUACCCUCUGAUAAUGAAGCCAUUUCAAGAGUCUCUGUGCAUUUUGAAGUUGAGACAGAACUCUGUCAGGCUUUAGAGUUGCAAUUAUUUUAAAUGCUGCUUUAAAAAUUUUUUUAAACUGUCUUACAAUGGUAUGCAAUGCAGUUUUGCUGUUCCCUUGGGUAGAAUGUAUUUUCAUAUAGCCUUCAGUAAUUUUUUUACAUUUAAAAGUAAACACGCACAAUGGACAAAACUAACAUGAGAAGAUGAAAACCAGGAUUCUCUGAUUACUUUUUUUCUUGCUCAAACCCUCAAAGCUGAAAUGGGGUGGUAGAUGUUUUGCAUCAAGCAAAACAAUUUUGACUGUGCAGAUUAGAGGUUUUAUUGAAUUAUUAUAAUUAUAGGGAAUGCAUAAACACAAAUUUUGUGCAGCCUGAUGCGUUCCAAAAAUUUGAGCUGAUAGCUGUCUAUUUUGCACAAGGAAAACACUUGUUGAUAUGUUUCCUCAAACAGGCACUUUAUGGAACUGCUGUAUAAUUAUUUUUAAACAAAGAUGCUUUCCUUUCUCUGUGUCCAAAGGAAACAGAGUUUUUCUUUUUAAACUGGUGCUUUCCACCCCAGCCACUUUAGAAUACAUAAUUUGAUGAAUGUUUUUCAAAUUCUAGUUAAAGGCUCUAUUUUUAAAAGCCUGUAAUUAACAAAAUGUACAGCACAUGCUAUUCUUCCUUUCCUUUUAGGGCAUAACUUGCUUCCUACAGUGACUGUCAGGUAAACAAACUUUUGGUGACCAAAAGUUUUCUUCUUUGUUUGGGUUUUUUAACCUGUCUGUAUUUGUGUGCAAGUAUCUGUAUUAAAUUUCAUAUGCAGUAUCUUUCAUAUUUUUAAAAGCACGUUUGCAAGGUAAAGAAUGUAUUUUAAUCCAGUCUGCACAAUUUCAUAAACAGUUUUCCGGUAUGCUUGAAAUCAGUCUGAAGUCCUCCAAGGUGAUUAUAGUUUGUUUUUGUGGUUUUCUUGCAAUCCUAGUUCAAACCUGACAUGCAACGCUGUGUGUGUGUGUGUGUGUGUGUGUGUAAACAGAUGAACAUACUUGAAAUGAGUAAGUUCAUCUGACAGCCCUGCUGUUUUGCUUGGGGUGGGGGGUAAAAUUUUGCCAGAAGUUUAUUUGGCUGUAUCAGGGGAGUUGUUGGUGGGACUGUGCAGGAAGUGUUUAGCAUAACUUGAUGAUUUCUUGGCUGUUUUGUAAGCUGAAAUUUGGGGAUGGAAAUAUCCCCAAUUUGCCUUCAGUUCUUUAUCCUAAUGCUCAGCUAGGACAGAACUUGGUGUUACUGUGGGUAGCACCUUCCAUGCUCCAGAGAUCCCAAUGCAUUGUUCAAAAACAGUAAAAAAAAUCCCUGUGCAUUCUUCAUCUUACUACCAGCAAUUAGUAGUAUUGUGUUACACCGUGGUGCAUUACUGAAUUUGAUAAUGUUUUGUUGAUUAUAAGUCUGUGAUGUUUGUUCUCUUUAAUUUGGCUAGGAGUUGGUUUGUUUGCCUACUUUUCCUGUGUUGAGCAGAAAUGGCUUACUUGGGUUGGAUGACAUCAUCCUGAAACAAAAUGUAUAGCAUGUAGAUAAUUUCCUUCUCUCUCCUCUCCUCUAUCUUAACUUAUAAAUCAGUCAAAAUUUAUAGUUGAUCACUGUACAAAGCUGUGUGACAACAGCUAGCUGAAGUAAAAUCUUGCUUAUACUGCAUGACUUCUUGAAAUAAACAACACUGCAUGAAAAAUUCACUUACUGGAAGACUGUUCCGUAAGAAAACUAUAUACAAUAUGAAUUUAAGUGAGAAUUUUAAAGUGUAUUCUUACUUAUUUUUCAGUGAUAGAAUACUCUUCUUACUUUAACUUUUAAAAAUGUUUUGGCUUUUCUGUAAUGUCGAAGUUGAGCUGUACACUUCUGCUGUCUGCAUUAAGUACUGUAACAUUACCUUACUGACUUCAGAUGGAUUUUUGAGCAUGUUUCAAGGGCAAUGUCUGUUUAUAUUAAUUUUGGGGGUAUAUUUCAUUUGAACACCAGAGUAAGGAAAAGUGUGUGUAUGUGUAUUUUUUUCCCCUGUUCUACCAAAAACUCAGAAGACAAUAGUUUGUCAGUAAAAGCAGAGUUUAAUGAACUGUUGAAACUUUUUUGUGAUAAAAAUAUUUAAUGAUUAUUACAAAAAUAAAUGCUUGAACUUCA